AUGGCGGUGGCGGGGUGGUCCGCCGUUGCGGACAAGGCGUGCUCGCUCCGCGCGUCGAAAUCGUCUGGCCGCAACGUCCAGUGUCGUGCCAUCAAGUUCCGGCCGUGCAUCGACAUUCACGAGGGCAAGGUGAAGCAAAUCGUCGGGUCGUCCCUGAAGGACUUGGACAAGGACAAGAGCGGCGACCUCGUGACGAACUUCGAGUCCGAGAUCUCCGCGGGGGAGUAUGCGAACAUGUACAGAGAAGAUGACCUGAAAGGAGGCCACGUCAUUAUGUUGAACCCCGGGACAGACAGUCGUAGAGCCGCGUUCGAGGCGCUCGAGGCGUACCCCGGCGGGCUGCACGUCGGCGGCGGCGUGAACGCGGACAACGCUGCCGAGUACAUCCAGAAGGGAGCCUCACACGUCAUCGUGACAUCCUUUGUGUUCCGGGAGGGCAAGCUGGACGCCGCCAGGCUCGAGGCGCUCACCGAGGCCGUCGGGGGCCCCGACAAGGUGGUGCUGGACCUGUCGUGCCGGCGGCGUCCCGACGGGGGCGACGCGGGGGGGUAUUUCGUGGUGACGGACCGGUGGCAGCGGUUCAGCGACAUGGAGAUCUCCCCCGAGACGCUGGAGGCGCUGUCGACCAAGUGCGACGAGUUCCUCGUGCACGGCGUGGACGUCGAGGGCAAGAAGAUGGGCGUCGACGAGAAUCUGAUCGCGCUGCUGGGCAAGUGGAGCCCCAUCCCCGUGACGUACGCCGGCGGCGCGACGACCUUCGAGGACCUCGAGCGCGUGCGCGUCGCGGGGGACGACCGGGUCGACAUCACCGUCGGCUCGGCGCUGGACAUCUUCGGGGGCAGUCUGCCGUACCGCGCGGUCGUCGACUGGCACAAGGCGCAGCAGGCCGCGUGA